AGUCUUCUUCGAGAACGCGACGCGUGAACACUAUAAAAAUUGAUUCGUGCCCCGUGUUGCAUUGUUAAGUAUGGAAGUGAAAUUUACUGUUAAUAGAAAGGAGUGUAGGAUCAUGCCUGGAUGUGUUGAUCCUGAUACAUCCUUAAAUACAUACUUGAGAUCAUGGCUCUGUCUUACGGGUACGAAAUUUAUGUGCCAAGAGGGUGGCUGUGGAUGCUGCAUCGUGACAAUUCGAGGUGUGCAACCCGUAACUGGAGAGCCAUUCACGCUUGCCGUGAAUUCAUGCCUUUUCCUCGUCUACUCGUGCCAUGGCCUCGAUAUCACGACCAUUGAAGGACUCGGCAAUAAAGACAUAGGUUACCAUCCAAUACAGGAACGAUUGGCUGAACACGAUGGCACCCAAUGUGGAUUCUGUUCUCCAGGAAUGGUUAUGAACAUGUACAGCUUGUAUGAAGGAAAAUUCGGGAACGUGACUGCGGAAGAAAUUGAGGAUUCUUUUGGCGGGAAUAUUUGUCGCUGCACUGGCUAUCGUCCCAUCUUGGAUGCUUUCAAGUCAUUUGCAACGAAUCCACCACAAAAUUUGGCCAAUCUCUGUGGGGACAUUGAAGAUCUCUCACUGAAAAAAUGCCCAAAGAGUGGAAAAGUCUGUGCAAGAAAAUGCGGUUGGAGCGUUCAUGUAAAAGCAGCAGAGAACGCCGAGUGGCAUAAGGUAACAGCCUUGUCGGAAGUUCUGCAAAUUCUCAGCAACAUUGGAACGAGAAAGUAUCGUCUGGUGGCCGGGAAUACGGCAACAGGAGUCUAUCGAAUGGACUACGAUAUUGAAGUUUUCAUUGAUGUUUCUUCAGUAAUUGAACUUCAUAGAUAUACAAUUGGAACCACAAUUGAUCUAGGAGGGAAUAUCACGAUAACCGAAUGGAUGAGAAUUUUACUUGAAGCAGCAGAUCGUUCGGCAUGGUUUACCUACUGCAGACAAAUAAGGGAUCACCUGGAUCACAUUGCAACAGUUCCUGUGAGGAAUGUUGGUACAAUUGCUGGUAAUUUGAUGAUUAAACACGAUCAUCGCGAAUUCUACUCCGAUGUAUUCCUUUUGCUGGAAACUGUUGGAGCAAGCCUCACCAUAACGGAUGCAUUGGGAAAUGAGCAAACUAUGUCACCACAAGACUUCCUCAGUGUUGAUAUGGAUAAGAAAGUAAUCACGCGAAUUUCAAUGCCUCAAUUAGUUCCCAAUCGUUAUCAAUUCCAUUCUUACAAAAUAACAGAUCGAGUUCAAAAUGCAAUGGCUUACAUGAAUGCUGGAUUUCUUUUGGAAAUGAAUAAAGGAUCAAACCUUGUUGUAUCGGCUAGGAUUGUCUACGGAGGUGUUAAUCCGAAAUUUGUUCACGCUUCAGCAGUUGAAAAAUUUUUGAAGGGAAAAGAUUUCUUUAAUAAUGCUACGAUCCAAGGUGUUGUUAACAUAAUUGACUCCAAUUUCGUUUUUGACGAUUCCCUCCCAAAUUCAUCUGCUGAAUUCCGACGAAGACUAGCAAUUGGAUUAUUUUACAAAACCGUCCUAAGUCUGGUUCCAAAUUCAAAAUUACUGCCAUUCUACAAAAGUGGAGCUACCUCUAUCGAGAGGCCUUUGUCGUCUGGGCAGCAACACUACAAUACUGUCCCAGAAAAAUAUCCCCUAACUCAACCACUAAUGAAAAUAGGAGCCUUACUUCAGUGUAGUGGGGAAGCAGAGUAUGUGAACGACAUUUAUCUUCACAAUGCUCUUUGGGCUACUUUUGUACUGGCAACUGAACCUCUGAAAAUUAUCUCAAGUAUUGAUGCCAGGGAUGCUAUGGCUGUUGAAGGCGUGAAAGCCUUCUACAGUGCCAAGGAUAUUCCUGGUGUGAAUUCAUUCACAACUCCACAGAGUACAAUUAUACCCUAUUUGCAAGAUCCUGAGGAGUUAUUAUGUAGCAGAAAGGUUUUGUUCAACGGUCAACCUGUUGGUAUAAUCGUUGCUGAGGAGAUGUCUCAAGCUGUUUAUGCUGCAAACUUGGUUAAGGUUAAAUAUGUUAAUGAAAAGAAAGAAGAGGAGUCUUUAUCAAGUAAUCUCUAUCGCUACUUCAAAGAAGAUCCAUCAAGUCCGGAAGAAAAGAUUCUUCCAACACUUGAAGAUGUUCUGAGAGAAGAUCCCAAACUUACAGAACAUCGCUUUCAAAUCCCAAUUGUUGUGCAUGCUGCCUCACAGGUAGGAGUCGAUCAACAGAGCAAUAGCAUCAAGGGGAAUUUAUUCUGUGGUCCUCAGUAUCACUACCACAUGGAGACGCAGCAGACAAUAGCCGUUCCAGUUGAAGAUGGAUUUGACAUCUUUCCAAGUACUCAGUGGAUUGAUUUUACGAAUAUGGGUGUUGCUCAUGUUUUGGGUGUAUCCAACAAUGAUAUAACAAUUCGCGUUCGUCGAGUUGGGGGUGCUUUUGGCGGUAAGACCAGCCGGUCAACGCAGAUUUCGGCAGGAGCUGCAGUUGCUUGUUAUCACACAAAGCGUCCAAUUCGAAUGGUUUUACCAAUGGAGACAAACAUGAAGGCUAUUGGGAAGAGAACUCCUGCAUUUUCCGACUACGAUGUCACUUUCAACGAUCAAGGACUCAUUCAACGACUUAACUGCGAUGUAACGCACGAUUUGGGAUGCUCAGUUAAUGAAACAAUGGAUUUCCUCGCAGUUCUAAUUGGUACCAAUGCGUACUCUUCGAAAACAUGGACGAUUGUAUUGAACAACGUUCUCACUGAUGCUCCAUCGAAUACCUGGAUGAGAGCACCUGGGGCCGUUGAAAUAGUUGCCACAGCUGAAACAAUAAUGGAACAUAUUUCGUGGACACUCAAGAAGGAUCCUGUUGAAGUUAGACUUGCUAAUAUUGAUGCAGAUAAUCCAAUGAGGAAGAUUUUCACGGAUUUCCUGGAAAAUUGUGAAUACUACAAACGCCUCGAUGAUGUGGAGAAGUUCAACAAAGCCAACAGAUGGAAGAAACGUGGUAUAGCCAUCAGUUUGAUGCAGUAUCAUCAUGAAAAUGUUGCAAACUACGAAACACUUGUUGCCAUAUAUCAUGGCGAUGGGAGUGUUGUGCUAAAUGUGGCUGCAAUUGAAUUGGGUCAAGGAUUGUACACAAAAGUAAUGCAAAUUGCAGCUGCUACCCUUGGUGUACCACUGAAGAAGAUAAAGAUAACACCUGCAAAUAAUGUAAUAGCAGCAAAUUCAAUGACAACCUCAGGUGGACUUGCAACGGAUUCCAUUGGAUAUGCAGUGAAAAAAUGCUGUGAAACCCUAAAGGAACGUUUAGAACCAUUUAGAGUUGCCAAUCCCACGGGAACGUGGGAGGAUAUUGUCCAAGCAGCCUUUUUCGCUAAUAUUGAACUUAUUUCAACGUUUCAAUUUAAAAUUGGUAUAAUGCCCCGAUACACCAUUUAUGGUUGUGCCUGCGCUGAGAUUGAGAUAGACGUCCUAACUGGGAACUUUCAACUACAACGAGUGGACAUUGUGGAGGAUACUGGGGAGAGUAUUAGUCCCAGAAUUGACGUUGGUCAGGUGGAGGGUGCUUUUAUGAUAGGAUUGGGCUACUGGCUGCACGAAAAGCUGAUCUACAACCGCGUGAAUGGAGAACUCCUAACAAAUCGUUCAUGGAACUACAAACCACCAGGACCAAAAGACAUCCCUGUUGACUUUCGGGUUACCCUCUUGCAAACAAAUACCAAUCCAACAGGGGUUGUAGGAUCAAAAACCUGCAGUGAACCAGCUGUUUCAAUGGGGGUGGUUGUUGUAUCGGCCCUUCGCAAAGCUCUUGAAUCUGCUCGCAAAGAUGCCGGUGCUUCGGAUAUAUUUCUUAAGCUAAAUAGUGGGACAACUGUUGAAAAUAUUCUUGAACUAGCUGGAACUAAGAAUGAUCAGUUUAUCCUUUAA